AUGGUCGACGACGGUGUAGUCAGGGUGGUCCGAAACCCGCAAACGCAACAAGCUUCUCGAGGAGAAGCCGUCAUAAAUGACGACUGCUGGGACUUCGAAAACAUGGGAAGCCAUCUCCAGGUAACACACAUCGAUGGGACCGUCCGGAAUGUGGACAGGGACGCUCUCGGCACUACCAUCUCGUCAGAAAGUGGCAGAAUCUGGCUAUUGAUGUUGGCCCAAUCAUUGGCCAUCACAGCUGCGUUUCUGGGUUGGGUAGCACCCGGAAACACGAGUGUGCUGUUCCAUACAGACCUACCUCAGACAGACAAGUUCAUGGGAAGCUCCAUCGGAUUUCUCCUCCUCGGUCGACUUUCAGACCUGUACGGACGGAGGCACUUCAUUGUCGGAACCUCCCUUCUGGGAGUCGUCGGCUGCCUCCUCGGCUCCUUUGCGGUCAACGCCGAGAUGCUCAUCGCCGCCAAUAUCUGCAACGGACUGGCUGCUGCCGCCCAGCUACCUCUUGGAGUUGCUGUAGCCGAACUCGUGCCGAACAAGGACAGAGCAAGAACAGUUGCCGGUACUUUAGUACUGCCAUUCAUUGUUGCUGGUUUGGGCUCUGCCAUAAUCCCAUCAUUGUUGGACGAUGGCAGCCCGCAGCUCAAUGUGGCUGGGAAGACCAAGCUUGAGAUGAUCAAGCAUUUGGACUUUGUCGGUAUCUUCCUUUACGUCUCUGGCUGCGUUUUGUUGCCACUCGGGUUCUGUUUGGGAAUCUCCUCGUACCCUUCUGUCGGCAAAGAGGUCAUUGGAACCCUAGUCGGUGGUUUCUCAGCGCUUGUCUUGUUUGUAAUAUACGAAGCAUUUUCCACCACCGAACAGCCUCUCAUGCCUCCAAAGAUGUUCAAGAAUGUCCAGUUCGCAAGUCUCGUUGCUUGUGCAACUUUCUCCUCGAUGGUUUUUUAUGCCCUCACCGUCCUCUGGCCAUUUGUUAUCGGAAAGGUUUUCAACAAGGACUCGGACACGGUUGCUUGGUCUGCCUCAUUGCUACCCUUUGGUGCCACACUCGGAAUAGCCUCGACAGCUGUUCCGUCACUACGUGGUGAACGCUUCAGAAAACAGUGUAUGGUAGCGUCAGGUGUCGCUCUGGCUCUCAUAGCUCCAUUAUGCACUAUAUGGUUUGACAUCCGCCAUGGACUAAUUGUUCUGGCGGGCAUAUGUGCGUCUUUUGCUCUUGGCCACAUUGUUGCCGUUGCCAUCACUGGUGUCACCCUUGUGUGGGAACCGCAAGAUAUCGGCCUCGCAUCAGGAGUCCUCGGCUCAAUGUGUAGCUUGGGCUGUGCCUUCGCAAGGGCAUUAGUUACCUUGUUAUUGAGGAAAAAGCUGGAGGAGGAGCUGACCAAGUCCGUCACGCCAGUUGUCUUGGACGCUAUCCUGCCCGGCCCCAUUUUGAAACAACUGGCCACCACCAUCCGAGAGCAAGCAACAAUGAACGGGAAAACCAACUUGACGGCGUUCACAUCAGUGAGCAUACUCUCCAGGUUUGCAAUUACCAACGCAAUUCAAGCCGGAUACAGUUAUUCACUUCGAUCGAUCUUCCUUGCCAUCAUCCCUUUCUCCGCUAUUCUCCUGAUCGCCGCUUGCUUCGUUCCAAAUCUGGACCAGUUCAAUACUCUGAAAGUUGCAAGAAGAUUGCAAGGCCCUGAUGGAAACGCCCCACAGAAUGAUGAAGAAGCGGCCGAAGAACCAGGACUUGAGUUGUCGAUGCUUGGUCGGCCUGUGUCAGCCGCAGAUGUGAUUUGA